AUGGCAUUGCCGUCGAACAUCCUGAUUGUAGGAGGCGGAGUCUUCGGACUCUCAACAGCCCUCUCCCUAACAAAACGCCACCCGAAUUCCAAAAUAACCCUAAUCGAAUCCUCCCCAACAAUCCCAAACCCGCACGGGUCGUCAGUAGACACAUCCCGCAUCGUGCGCGCCGACUACGCAAACGCAGCCUAUUCCAAGCUAGCCGAUAAGGCCAUAAAGAAAUGGCGCAGCACAGCCUGGGGCGCUGAAGGGCGGUACACACAAAACGGUCUGCUGCUAGUGUACCCAGCGGACAGCGCCAGCGCAAAGGAAUACGCGCGCAAGAGCUACGCCAACGUGCGCGUGAUCGAAGGUGAUAAUGUUGAGUUCUUGCCGUCGCAGAAGGAUGUUUUGAGGGUUGUUCCUGCGUACGGGGAGGAGCUUGAUGUUGCGGGCGGGUAUGUGAAUUGGGGGUCUGGGUGGUCUGAUGCUGGUGCUAGUGUUGCGUAUGCGAAGGAAUUGGUUGAUCAGACAGGGAAGGUUGAGUUUCGGACUGGGGAUGUGGAGAGGGUUCUUUAUGAGCAGGUUGAUGGCAAGAAGUUGAAGGCUACUGGCGUUGCCUUCACGGAUGGAUCAAGCCUCUCUGGUGACCUUGUCAUUCUUGCUACUGGAGCGUGGACAUCCAAGUUGGUUGAUCUACGUGGCCGGGCUGUUGCUACUGGCCAGGCGAUUGCUUAUAUGUCUAUCUCUGAUGAGGAGCAGCGCGAGUUGGAGAAUUUGCCUACCAUUUUGAACUUCGCUACUGGUAUCUUUAUUAUCCCGCCUCGGGGCAAUCUGCUUAAGAUUGCGCGCCAUGCGUUUGGAUACCGCAAUCCCGUUUCGGUUCCUGUGCCUGGUGCUCAGGGUCCUGGGGAGCGGAUGGAUGUUUCUUUGCCUGAGAAGGGUGUUCCUGUUCCGCUUGAGGGGCAGGAUGCUUUCCGGGUUGCGUUGAGGCAGCUUUUGCCUCGGUUUGCUGAGAGGGAGUUUGUUGAUACGCGGGUUUGUUGGUAUACUGAUACGCCCAAGGGCGACUUUAUCGUUUCCUACCAUCCUGAUCAUGAGGGCCUGUUCCUUGCUACUGGUGGCAGUGGACAUGCGUUCAAGUUCUUCCCUGUUAUUGGUGACAAGGUUGUGGAUGCGCUUGAGGGAACUCUUGAUGCUGAGCUUAGCGAGAUGUGGACGUGGUCUGCUGCUGCAACGGCUGAGGGUGAGGACUUUGAUGGUGAUGGUAGUCGGUCUGGAGAGAGACGGGCCAAUCUCAAGGAUGAACUGGCGAAGGCGCAGAAGGCUUCGAGAAGCAGCGCGCUAUAG